GGCCGGGGCCGAGCAGGCCCGCAGCUCCGCGGGACGAGCUGCCACCGCCUCCGCCUCCGCCCCCAGCUUCCUGCCUGACAUAAUUCACUUCAAGAAGUGCACAAUGUCAGAACGUGGAAUUAAGUGGGCUUGUGAGUAUUGUACGUAUGAAAAUUGGCCAUCUGCAAUCAAGUGUACCAUGUGUCGUGCCCAAAGACCAAGUGGAACAAUUAUUACUGAAGAUCCAUUUAAAAGCGGUUCAAGUGAUGUUGGUAGAGACUGGGAUCCUUCUGUUACUGAAGGAGGAAGUAGCCCUUUGAUAUGUCCAGAUUCCAGCGCGAGACCAAGAGUUAAGUCAUCAUACACUGUGGAAAAUGCUAAUAAGUGGUCAUGUCAUAUGUGCACAUAUUUGAACUGGCCGAGAGCAAUCAGAUGUACCCAGUGCUUGUCCCAGCGUAGGACCAGGAGUCCCACAGAAUCUCCUCAGUCCUCAGGAUCAGGCUCAAGGCCAGCCCCUCUUUCAGUUGAUCCCUGUGAGGAGUACAAUGAUAGAAAUAAACUGAACACAAGGACACAGCAUUGGACUUGUUCUGUUUGUACAUAUGAAAACUGGGCCAAGGCUAGAAAGUGUGUGGUUUGUGAUCAUCCCAGACCUAACAACAUUGAAGCUAUCGAACUGGCAGAGACGGAAGAGGCUUCUUCACUAAUCAAUGAACAAGACCGAACUCGGUGGCGAGGAGGCUGCAGUGGAGGUAACAGCCAGAGAAGGUCUCCUCCCACACCUCAGCGGGACUCGGAGAUGAACAUGGAUUUUCAGAGAAUUGAAUUAGCUGGUGCUGUUGGCAGCAAAGAGGAGCUUGAAGUAGACUUCAAAAAGCUAAAGCAAAUAAAAAACAGGAUGAAAAAGACUGAUUGGCUAUUCCUCAAUGCUUGUGUGGGAGUCGUAGAGGGUGAUUUAGCUGCUAUAGAAGCAUAUAAGUCAUCAGGUGGAGAUAUUGCACGACAGCUUACUGCUGAUGAAGUCCGUUUACUGAAUCGCCCAUCUGCCUUUGAUGUUGGGUACACUCUGGUACAUCUGGCAAUACGUUUUCAGAGACAGGAUAUGCUAGCAAUAUUGCUUACAGAGGUAUCUCAGCAUGCAGCAAAGUGCAUUCCAGCGAUGGUGUGUCCUGAGCUUACAGAACAAAUCCGGCGAGAGAUUGCUGCCUCCCUCCAUCAACGAAAGGGGGACUUUGCUUGUUAUUUUCUAACAGAUCUUGUUACAUUCACGUUACCUGCAGAUAUUGAAGACUUGCCUCCCACAGUACAAGAAAAAUUAUUUGAUGAAGUGCUUGAUAGGGAUGUUCAGAAAGAGUUAGAAGAAGAAUCUCCGAUUAUAAACUGGUCCUUGGAAUUGGCUACCCGCUUGGACAGUAGACUCUAUGCACUUUGGAACCGAACUGCUGGGGACUGCUUGUUGGACUCGGUGCUGCAGGCCACCUGGGGCAUUUAUGACAAGGACUCGGUACUGCGCAAAGCCCUCCACGACAGCCUGCACGACUGCUCGCACUGGUUUUAUACACGUUGGAAAGAAUGGGAGUCGUGGUAUUCUCAGAGCUUUGGUUUACAUUUUUCCCUCAGAGAAGAACAGUGGCAGGAAGAUUGGGCAUUUAUACUCUCUCUUGCUAGUCAGCCUGGAGCAAGCUUGGAGCAGACGCACAUUUUUGUACUUGCACAUAUUCUUAGACGACCAAUUAUAGUUUAUGGAGUAAAAUAUUAUAAGAGUUUCCGCGGAGAAACUUUAGGAUAUACCCGUUUUCAAGGUGUGUAUUUGCCUCUGCUCUGGGAACAGAGUUUCUGUUGGAAAAGUCCCAUUGCUCUGGGCUACACACGGGGCCACUUCUCGGCCCUGGUUGCCAUGGAGAACGACGGCUACGGCAACCGAGGCGCUGGUGCUAACUUGAACACAGAUGAUGACGUGACCAUCACUUUUUUACCUUUGGUCGAUAGUGAAAGGAAGCUGUUGCACAUACAUUUUCUCUCUGCUCAAGAGCUUGGCAACGAGGAACAGCAGGAGAAGCUGCUCCGGGAGUGGCUGGACUGCUGCGUGACGGAAGGCGGAGUGCUUGUCGCCAUGCAGAAGAGCUCCCGCCGGCGCAAUCACCUCCUGGUCACACAGAUGGUGGAGAAGUGGCUUGACCGCUACCGCCAGAUCCGCCCUUGCACGUCUCUGUCAGACGGAGAGGAAGAUGAAGAUGAGGAGGACGAGUGAGGCGAUCAGGGAGUGAGCUAUCCGUGCCACGGGUUGGUGAAUGCCCCAAGGUUGGGGUCACGCUGCGAGCAGUCAGUCACUCCGGGAUGAACGAGCGGCUAGCAGACACCUGCUGUCCCAGGGAUUUUCUGAUCCAUACACCAUGGAGAGAACACAAGUGCUCAUCUGCUGUGCGAACAGAGAACUCUGGUUGGACGACAGUUUGUAAAAAGCUAAUUUUAUUAUCAAGACAGAACAUUUUGUUUUUUUCCUUUCAAAUUGUAAAUCUGUCUAUAAAUGUACCGCAUGUGGUUGUGUAAGAAGUUGUGUAAUAGGAAAAGUUGUACCAGCAUCUUCAAAUUAUUGAGAAAUUUCUAUUCAGUGAGGGCACUUACAAAGCACAUAUUAGAUGGCUAUUUGUUCUUUUGAAAUUUCCUUUUAUGGUAGAAUUGACAUUCUCCAUCACUUUUUAGAUAUUCUGACCUAUUAAGACCAUUUUGUGUUCUGUUCUGCUGGUGCCACAGUCAGAUAAUAGGAGGAUUUUUGCUCACACAGAUGACCCACAGCAAAAUGGAAAGAAGUUUAUUGGGUUAGUAUUAGUGUUUUUAAAAGUUCCUGCUGUGCCCAGUCUAAUAAACAUAAAAUCUUAAGGAACUGUGGAAGAAAAGCCAAAUUUCUGAUGGACUGAACUUUAUAUAAUAUUCUUCCCUUAUUUUGAAGUCUCUGGCUUUCCAUUAAUUCAUUGUUUUUAUUUUUCUGAAGGAUUUUUUUUUUCUUUCUGUCUACAGUACUUAUUUAUUUGUUUGGAAUAGUGACCUCAAAUUAGGGUUCUCAUUCCAAAUAUUUGGCCAAGUCCAGUCAUUGAGUUGGCUCAUCCCUGGACAUUAGGCAGGCACAGCCAGUCCAGUGAUGGGCUGUGGUCCAUUGUGUACCCAAUGAAUUGUGUGAAGUUUGCUAACUCAGACUUGAUUGAGAAUUUCAUGCCUCUCCCAUCGUCACUGUAAAUGCACAGCAGAGCAUUUUUUAAGCUGGCGUGAUUCUUACUGUCUUACCUUCUGGGGCUUUAAGGUAAAUCCUGUUGGAAAUGGGGCAUGCCUUUGUCUAGGCAGGUGGGGAUGCUGUUGGCAGUUCAGAAUAAAGAUUUUACAAAGA